AUGAGUGAGAAGAACGACAGUGGUGUUCAACGACGUGCAACAGGCAAGGAGCGUAACACGCGAUCGAGUGAGGGAACCGUUAGUACAGUUAUGAGCGCGUCUACGGGUCGAGAGUCGUCGGCAACCCAUAUGACAGAGGCACCGGCGUACUCCAAGAAGAUCGUGGUGGUUGGUGAUGGUGGUUGCGGCAAGACAUGUCUGUUGAUUAGCUACAGCCAAGGCUAUUUCCCCGAGAAAUAUGUGCCUACUGUAUUCGAGAACUACAUCACCUAUCCGACUCACCAGCCUAGUGGUAAGACCGUCGAGCUUGCACUAUGGGACACCGCCGGCCAAGAAGAGUACGACCGACUCCGACCCUUGUCGUACCCCGAGACCGAUCUCAUCUUUGUCUGCUUUGCUAUUGACUGUCCCAACUCUCUUGACAACGUCUUAGACAAGUGGUAUCCCGAAGUCCUCCACUUCUGCCCUUACACCCCUCUCAUCCUCGUCGGCCUCAAGUCAGAUCUACGACACAACAAGGCCUGUGUCAAUCUACUGAACGCCCAAGGCCUUACGCCCGUUACUAGCGAGCAAGGCGCGGGUGUAGCCGAGAAGAUGGGCGCGCAGUACAUGGAGUGUAGUAGCAAGGAGAUGACGGGUGUCGACGAGAUCUUCGACCGAGCUAUUCAGACGGUGGUAGCAAACGACCGACGUAACCUGGAGGUCGCCAUGGCCGCCGCUCCGACCUCGAUGCCCGGACCGAGCACCUCCUCCGGCAGCGGACGCAAUAUCCCCGGUCUCCGCGCUUUUAAGAAGAAGAAGCGGAACUGUAACUUCUUGUGA